AUGGACAGGCUACUCCUAGUGUCGGAUACAACACGUGGAUUCCUCCCUUUGAUCGGGUCUAUCCUUGUUUUUUCUGUUAUCUAUCGGCUGCUACAGCUCCUCCGGCACAGAAUUACCUACAGGGAGUUUUAUCGCCUGCCCGUCUUGGGCGAGAGAGAUGGCACCGACCUUCGAGCCGCCAUGGAGGAGGGGACCAGGAAAUUUCCUGAUCGUCCAUUUGUCUUGUCACUUCUGGAUCCCACUGUGAUCCUCCCUCACCAUGUCAUCGACGAGGUCAAGUCACUGCCCGAAACCAGAGUCUCCAUAGAAGCCAACAACCAUCGCCGGUUUUUCGGGGAAUAUACCCUCAUGGGCACCAAGUCAGACGAGCUGGUAGCUUCCGUCAAGCAGAACCUAACUCGCAACGUUGGUCCUUUGAUUCCUGAACUGAUAGAGGAAAUUGCCCACGCCACACCCUCGGUCAUUGACGUUUCUCCCCGGUCGCCCAGCGUGACUCUUCCGGUCUACAACACGAUGCUGAGGUAUAUCGCGCUGCUGACCGGACGCACCGUCGUGGGACUCCCCCUUAGUCGCAGCGAAGAGUGGGUGAGCUCCUCGAUCAACUAUGCCGUGGAGAGUAUGGAAGCUGGACACCAGCUUCGGGCCUACCCGGCGUCGAUUCGGAAAUGGCUGGGGCCGCUGCUCCCUAGAGUCCGAAAAGUAAAAGAGCACCAGCUUCGCAUCUGUCGAAUGCUGGAGGGACUGCUGCUUGAGCAACAGAGGUCUUUCAACCCUAAGGAGAACCUGGACAAUGAACGCGGCCGCCUGGCGUCGUGGCUCCUCCAGCACUAUGAUUCCCCGUCCGAGGUCCCGGUGCAAGUCCUCUGUAAAGACCACAUCCUAGCCUUGUUUGCUGGUAUACAUAUUGCUACAAAUGCGGUGACUCAGGUCCUCAUCGAUCUGGCCGCGCGGCCUGAAUGUCAGGCGCCACUGCUGGAAGAAAUCGAGUCUGUUUUGGGCACGGCAGACGAGCGACGAGAUAUUACAUUGUCCGAGAUUGCCAGGAUGAGCAAGCUCGACAGUUUCAUCAAGGAAUCGCUAUAUGUCAAUCCUCCUGGUGGAGUAGUCACCCUCAUGCGUGAGACGACCGCUCCUUUGCGGCCUUCAUGCGGUCCUCUCCUGCCCAAAGGAACCUUGAUCGCAUUCGCCAACAAUCGCUUCGACAUGUCUACCGUGCCUUCACACAACCCAGACGAUUUCGAUGGUUUCCGCCAUGCUCGACUGAGAAACGCUGCAACUGGUGACUCAAAGCAUCAGCUUCUUAUGCCCAGCUCGGAAUCUCUGACAUGGGGUCCUCCCCGCACACGGAUCCUCAUGAAGUUGCGAAUUUCCUCGUUAUUCAAACACCGUGCCAUCUGGUCAUUCUCUGCGGAUCUGAUGGCCCUCCAUCAUCUCCUCCUCAGGCUUUCCGUCUUGAUCUCCCUCGCCAGGGCCACAGAUACCUGUUACUGGCCAAAUGGCAAGGCUGCGCCGUCCAACUGGGUACCAUGUCCCAAUAGUAAAGUCUGUUGCGCAGUCGGGGAGGCGUGCCUAUCGAACAACCUCUGCUAUGGUUCCAAGCUGAACAUUGCCUACCGCGGCGCAUGUACCGACAUCUCCUGGCCGAUUGCAGAUUGUCCGCGCAUUUGCUACGAGGAAGUCAGCGAUCAAUGGGCAAACCUGUACCCGUGUCCCAACAACACCAACCAAGUCUUCACCUGCGGCACAAGCGGCUGGGCCUCGUCUGUCUGCAGUGCAGAUCUGGGCCUGUACACCUGGAUCGCUGGGAAUGUGAGCCUCGCGCAGAAUGGCAUGUCGAGCUCGUCCUCUGCUGUAUCGACUUCAUCCUCCGCGACCCAGUCGACGACGACAACCACGACUCCUUCCUCCUCGACUGAUUCCGCAGCAACAGCCACCGCCGGGAAUUCGGAGCAGGAUAAGCAUGCUUUGUCCCUAGGGAUUGGAUUAGGGGUUGGUCUUGGGGUUCCGUUGUUAGCGAUAUCAGUAGGAUUUCUGUGGCUGUGGUCUCGCACACGGCGGCAGUCGGUUAAUGGGCAGAUUCAACAGCCCGUCGUGCAGUACCCAGCGGGGGCUCCCGGUAUGGCUCCUGCGUAUCGUUCUAAUGGUGGGAUGGGGGAGUUGGAGGUUCCAAAGAGCAAUUCUUACAGACCGGAAUUAGAAUGA